AUGAUACACAUUCUCUCGAACAUCUUUUCUGAAACGUUAGAUACAGAGAAUGUAGUUCUGUCCGAGGGUUCUGAGAAAUAUUACAGGUUGGAGCGCAAAAUUGGAAACUUCAAUCCCAGCAGAUGGUUGGAUGCAGUAUGGGAGCCCGAUGCUGGGAUGUACGUUCUCCCAGGAGGUAUGGACACGUUGGACACUUCCGGAGACGGAGACGGCAGAUUAAUCGUAACAGAUCUGGGAACGGCGACUGCAAAGAAUCCAAAAAUACGCGUUUACAAAGGAGGCGAGCAAGUUAGCGAGCACAACAUCGUAGAUCCACCAUGCGGUGUCGUUGGACUCUACUCGGAAACCGGAGAUACUCGAUCCGCGAUUGUUGCAGUAGGAGCAGGCUCCAGCGUUUACAUCUAUAAAAACAUGCGAGCCCACUUCAAGUAUUGUCUGCCUCAUCUGGAUGCGCAUCCAAAGGAAAGAGAGAUCUGGCACAAAGCAGGCUUGGAAGACGAGUUCAACGUGUCGACGUUAUGCGACGACCUGGAGCUGCUGAUGAAUGAACUCGGUGCAAGUUAUCUGUCGCCACGUACGCUGAAACUUCUGGCAAUGGAUCCAAACCUUCGGCUAAGUUUCGCCGAAGAGUAUCGCAGGAUACCGUUGACGAAGGCCAACGUCGUCACCAUGGUCGGAGUAGCUCGGAAAGACUCUUGGAACGACCCGGCCAGCAGUUGCCUGAUGGUCGGAACGGAAUCCGGAGAAAUGCUGGUUCUGGAUCCUAGAGCUUUCUCGGUCAUGGACAAGUUUCUGCUGGGUUGGCCCCCGGUAGCUGCAGUCAGUGCGGGAUUAUGGGCCGGCGAUGGUCAAGCGUUUGUUAUCGGAAGGGAAGGAGACUUGGGUGUCUUGAAAAAAGGAUGCCCUUAUCAACCCUGGGAUAAAUUACCAGCACCGGCUGUGGCUAUAGCAUCGUUAGGGGAUGGAAUAGCCAUUGCUGGGAUGGACAGCACGCUGUGGGGUUUCUCCAGCAAGGGGGAGAAACUAUGGCGGUUGUGGCUGCCAAGUGCUCCUUUGGAUCUCGUAACCCUUCCCAUGCCUCAGACUGGAUUAUCUCUCCUGGCAGUCAGCCUGGCUAGUUCGGAAGUUCAUUUAUACGACGGCAAGCUCCACGUGGAUACCAUCAAAAUGAUGGAGCCGGUGUCAGCUAUGAAGUUCGGUAAAUUAGGCCAGGAGGAACGCGCGAUGGCAAUGGUCACCAUGGGCGGUGGAUUGUGCGUGAAGAUCCUGAAGAGAACCGCCGAUUUCACCAUCCAUCCAGCCGCGUCUUCUCCCAGCGAGAGUACAGGGAGAUUCGCCAUUCCCAAGAAGACGAGAUUGUUCGUCGAGCAGUCCAUUCGCGAAAGGGCCGAGGCUAAAAAGAUGUACAAUAUUUUUCAACAGGGCAUUCUUCGGUUGAAAUUAAACGUAGCCAAAUCGGCGGUACGAGUGUUAGCCACCGGCGAAGAAGUGGGUCCAUACCCUGUUACCUUGGAAGCUAGCAUAUUAGGACUGGGACCAGAUUAUUUAAUUCGUCUUUUGGUGACGAACGUGUCGACCGGGCUUUCGGACACUGGAUUGUUCCUAGUGUGCAGAGAUGAGAACGCGGAUAUAUGUCCAAGAGUCGUGGAUCUACCUCUGUUGCCCAGCGGUAUCGCCAUUCCAAUUACGAUAAAGGCUCGACCGAGAGAUCAGCUUUCGGGAAAUGUUAAAAUCUUGCUCUGUAAGAAGGACAGGACCAAACCAAUCGCCUUUACCAACGUUCUUCUACCUGCUUGUGAAGAGGAAACAAACGUUUAAUCCUGUGAUGUUCUACAUCGUCUCUGGGCCCAACCGA